AUGGCUCUGACUCUGACGAAUCAGAUGAAGAGAUUGAAGGCGAAUUGUAAGCCAUGGCGGUUUUUUUGUCGGACCGCGAACCUAUUUGACGUGUUCGCACCGCCCGUGUGCACUACGAAGAUUUUGGAUAAGAUCCGUCGUACGAACGUCCAGGAUGGCGAAGCUGGCGGUAUCACCCAGCAGAUCGGUUCGACUUACGUGCCCUGCGAGGAGAUCCAGAGGCAGUCCAAGACCUUGAAGAAAGCCCAGGGCUUUGACUUUAACGUACCAGGACUGUUGGUGAUCGAUACCCCUGGCCACGAGGCCUUUAGCAACCUUCGCUCUCGCGGAUCCUCUCUUUGUAACAUCGCCAUCCUUGUGGUCGACAUCAUGCACGGCAUCGAGCCACAGACGGCCGAGUCUAUUGAGCUUUUGCGUCGUCGCAAGGCCCCCUUCAUCAUCGCCCUCAACAAGGUCGAUCGCCUCAACGGCUGGAACUCGCUUAAAAAGCAAAAGCCUCACACCAUGCAAGAUUUUGAGACCCGUUGGAAUCAAGUCAAGGUUCAGUUUGCCGAGAAGUCGCUGAACGUUGAUCUGUGGUACAACAACAAAAACAUGAAGGAGUUUGUCAACGUGGUGCCAACCUCCGCACACACGGGUGAGGGUAUUCCGGACCUCCUCUUCAUGAUUGUCUACCUCAGCCAAAAAAUGCUGGCUCGUGACAUCGCGUUUUCGGAAGAGCUCGAGUGCACCGUGCUCGAGGUCAAGACCAUCCAGGGUUACGGUACCACCGUCGACGCAAUUCUGGCCAAUGGGCAUAUUCGGGAGGGCGACACGAUUGUUGUGAGUGGCCUAGAAGGCCCGAUCGUCACAACGGUUCGCUCAUUGCUGAUGCCAGCACCCAUGAAAGACCUUCGUGUGAAGAAUGCGUACACCACCAACAAGGAGGUCAAGGCCGCGCAGGGCAUUAAGAUUGCUGCCAAGGACUUGGAAAAGGCUGUGGCAGGCUUGCCUUUGGCGGUGGCCCGCCAUGCCUACGAGCUUCCCUAUUUGAAGGCCGAAGCCGAGGCCAACCUCGCCGCUACUCUCAACGCCAUCAAGACUGUCGACGAGGGCGUUGUUGUUCAGGCCUCAACACUGGGCUCUUUGGAGGCCCUCAUGACCUUCUUGAAUUCUGAGAAGAUUCCUGUUUCUGCUGUCAACAUCGGCCCCGUCUACAAGCGCGAUGUUUUCCGUGCCUCCAUCCAGCUUGAGCGCAACCCGAAAUAUGCCAUGAUUCUGGCCUUUGACGUUCCUAUUGAUCGUGAGGCGCAAGCAAUGGCCGAUAAGGAAGGCAUCAAAAUCUUCUCAGCUGACAUUAUCUAUCACUUGGAAGAGCGCUUCCGUGAACACAUGGAGGAAGUCAAGCAGCGGUUGCGUGAGCAGUUCAAAUUUGUGGCUGUGUUCCCCUGCCGAUUGCGUAUUCUGCCCGAACAUAUCUUCAAUGCCCGUGACCCCAUCGUGGUGGGUGUGCACGUUGAGGAGGGCGUGGUGCGCGAGGGUACCCCCUUGGUCAUUCCUGGCAAGGAAUUCUUGGAAAUUGGCGUCAUCGCAUCACUCGAGUUUGACAACAAAACUGUCGACUUGGCCUACAAGGGCCAGGACAUUUGCAUCAAAAUUCAGCCCACGGGUGCCGAGAAACGCAUGUAUGGCCGCCACUUUGAUCACACGGACGAAUUGGUCAGCAAGAUUUCUCGCGAGUCAAUCAAUGCUUGCAAGGAUCACUUCCGUGAUGACUUGAAGAAGGAUGACUGGAAGUUGAUGGUCAAGCUGAAAAAGCUGUUCCAAAUUUUGUAGUUUCUUCAUGUUUAGUUUUCGUUCACUGUCCAUCACCCACACUUGGUGUGUGUGUGUUUCCUUUCUACUCCUUGCUCCUUUUGGGAGCCGAGCUGGUGCCUCCUUGCCAUGUUAUUGUUCGCCAUUCAUGUGUUUGUUUCUCUCUCUCUCUUUUUUUUUUUCUUCUUUUGCUUGUUUCAUAUUCUGCUUUUGCCUUGGAGGCACCACAUGCGCGUGCGCAACCAAAUUCUUGUUGUCCCCCUUUUUUUCAAGUCCACCUGGUUUGUGGCCGUGGCCACUUUGUUGCGCGUGGCUUGGACGCAGCUGAAAUCGAUUAAUGCUGCC